UUUUUCUGAAGUUGGUUGAUGAUCUGAGCUCGAGUCUUAAAGUCGGAGUUGAAUCAUAAACUAUUUAAACAUGAAUUUAUUAUUUGUAUUGCUAAUGUAUUGAAUGAUAUAAAUUAUAGUUGGCCAUGAAAGCUGCGUGAGGCAAUUGAUAAGUUAUAUCACGAGAAUUAAAGCUAAACUGUUUUAUUGUUGAAAACCAAAGUUACAUCAAGACUAUGGCGUCUUCUCGUCAGAGUGAUGAACCAGACGAAGAGGCUGAUAUAAACGAUGACGAAGAGGAAAUUACUGAAGAGGAGGAAGUCCACGAGUCUGGGAGCACUGCCACAGUCGGGCGCUCCGUCACACUACAGAAGCUCCUUGCAGCCGGGAUUCUGCAGCCCGGAGAGAACACAAUGUCGAUCGAGUACUUGGGCCAGAAGUUCAUGGGCGAUCUGCUGCAAGAUGGGAAGAUCCGGUCAGUUGAGACAGACAUAGUGUUUGCAUCCCCCAGCGCAUGGGCCAUUCAUUGCAAACGAAUCAUUAACCCUGACAAGAAAUCCGGAUGUGGUUGGGCAUCUGUGAAAUAUAAGAAUAGAAAACUAGAUGCUUGCAAGAACGAAUACUUUUUUAAGAAAAAACCGUUUGCUAAAAAUAAGGAAAACGAACUUCACUUAGACCAAAAGGGGAAAGAAAACGAACAUCAGUCAGACGCAGAUGAAGAGAUGGAACUGAAACCUCCCUCUACAAUUCUACCUCCCACCCCUGCCCCGACUCCAACCCUUCAACCUGCGUUUGUUCGCACUGUCGUCAAACACAAUAUGUUAGGAAACCGAUCAACGUUACAUGACCCAAACACUUUGGUGGAGAGUAUACCAUUCUCGCUGCUUGGGAAGAUUCAGCCAUUCCUGGUGUCCAUGGCGACCAAUGCAGCUCUGGUAAUGGACUUCCACUGUCAUCUGACCACAUCAGAAGUGGUGGGCUAUUUGGCAGGCCAUUGGGACGUGAAUGCCCACAAUUUGGCAAUAACACAUGCAUUCCCAUGUCGAUCUCGGCUGAGUGAUAAGGAGAUGGCACCUUUGGUGGAAUCUGAGAUACAAAGGGCAAUGGAGUCACGAAGGCUGACGUUGGUGGGUUGGUACCACUCCCAUCCCUCUUGCCCUGCCACCCCCUCCCUCCGUGAUAUUGACACACAGCUGGAGUAUGAGAUCAUCAUGCGUGGUGGUACAGAUGCCAGCUACACUCCUUGUGUUGGUGUUAUCUGCUCCCCAUACAACAAGGACAGCCUGAGCCUGGAGUCGACAGUGGUCAGCUACUGGGUGGUGCCACCUCCGGAGAACAAGCCUCACGAGUACGGCAAACCCAUGCUUAUGUCCUACAGUGUUAUCCAGGAUCAGUAUCUCACGCAGGACACGCUCAACGAGAUGAAAAAGUGUGCUGAUUAUUACAAAGGAGAUCCAGAUGUAGUAAAAUUUGGUGAUAAAUACAAAGGCAAUGUGACUUACCUUGACAAGCUGAAGACGACUCUGACGUCCAAGUUCCCACGGGACCAGAGUGAUGGAAAGUUAUGGAGGUAUCUGAGUGAGCUAGUGAUGCCAGGCAGUACAGGGGAGCUGGCACCUCCCACGGUAAGCACUCUACAGAUGCAUUGCCUCUCUUCCUCUCCAUCUACCUCUGCUGCUGCCGCUGCCGUCGCCUCCACCUCUAUGGGACUCAGCAUACCCAAGGCCAGCUCUCUAUUCAGCGCCGAAAUAGCCAAUGCUCUCUUCAGUGCCAGCAAGUUUCCGACGCCCGCCUCGCUUAUGGGUCUAUCGGCACUGUUUCCCGCUCCAGCACCUCCCAGCCUGCUCAAGUACCCGUCGACAAAAAUGCUAGAUAAGAACUACACCAUGACCAGUGGACACUCCUGAGACUUACUCUCGCUUUUUAAGCAGUGAUCUCAUAGACAACGAAAAUCGCCACUCUUGCGAUACGGGUAGUUUGACACGUCACAUUAGGUUUAUGGAUGUACAUCGAGGUGCGAGAGUCUUACCUUUAUUACGAAUUUUGGUUUUAAGGUGUAAAAUGUUUAUAUGAAAUACUGUUAACGGAUUUGAGGAACAGUUGUAUCUUAGUAAACAGAUUUGCCAUGCAAUCUGUACAUCGAGAAAUGUUGCAGUAUUUUAUCUGAAAGGGCUGGGAAGUUAAAUAUUUAUCUAGAUUAAUUCUUCGGUUACGUUACUUAGGGUAAAGUCAAGAGUGUCAGUACAUUCCGAGACAUUAGAUGUAGUUUUGAUAAAGGGGGAAUACCCAAAACCUGUACAAAUAUAAACAGUGAGAUUUUUUUAUAUGUUUGUGUGUUUCAGUAAGUUUUUUGUUGUCUGAAUGUACAUGUGUGUUGAGUGGUUUUGUAUCCGUUUAUUGUAAGAGAUGUCCUCAAAUUAAUUCUCAAUUGGUUGUGGAUAAAUUAUGAAAUACAUUAUAAAAAUGUAAUUUAUACAGAAAUUUUCUGUAAAAUAAUAUUGAUAGUUUAUAAAUCAUUUAAUUUCUUCUAAUUUUAAAAUUAUUAAUAUGCGUAAUUCUGUAUUUUAUAAAUAAAUAUUAUUUAAUAAGUUUGUUAAUUUUGUUAGAGCGCAAUUACAAAUAUUAGUAAAUUAUAACAACAUUAUUUGGUGUAUUGGAGAUAUUUUCAUCAAAAGAACAUAAUAAAUGUGUAUUUUUAACCCGUUUGCCACU